AUGGCGUCGACGAGAUACCUUUCCACGACAGUUGUCGUCGCACUGCUGUUUCUGUCAACUUGCGUCUCUGUCAUUCUGGGCUCCUGGAAUAAGACAAUACAACCAUUACAAGAAUGGCUGACUUUUCUUCAACGCAACAGCAUUGCCUGGUCUCGCUCCGUCUCCCUCUUCCUCCCCUUCCCCGUCUCUCUCAGUGCCAGCGGGACUCUUCUGCCCGUGCUGACUAUCAUCACUCUCCUGACGACUAACAUCGUCCUCUCCCGAAGAAAUCGAAAGAGAAUCACUGCUAGCAAUGGCACUAGCACAAGCAACAACAAUAUCAACAAUGAUAGACCUGUUACCCAAUCCAGUACCACAACCACCAUCAUCACCUUCCUCAUCGACCAAUUCUUCACUCUCGCACCAGCCGUCAUCGCCACGCUGGCAGCAAGCUACAUCUUCCCCUCCGGCAGCACUGCCGAUACCUGCCAUCUCGAAGAGACAUGGCAGUCGUACUUCCGGGCCAAGAACGCAGACGCCAUCCGCACCAUCCAGGAUGCGCUGCGGUGUUGCGGGCUGCGAAGCAUCCACGACCGCGCGUGGCCAUUCAAGGAUGCGACGCACGGCGACGAUGCCUGUGCCGUGCAAUUGGGAUACCGGCAGAGCUGUCUGGAUCCGUGGAGUGAGGUUGAAAAGAGCACCGCGUGGAUGGUGUUUGUGGCGGCUGCGUUGGCGUGGUUGAUCAAGCUCGGCCUAACGCACUUUGGACCACUACACGGAACCAGUCCGUUUGAUUUACCCAGAGGAGAAAACCAAUACAGAAGUAAUCUCUGGAUCAACGGCAUCAACGGGUCCUCUUCCAUCCCUCGAAUGCUCCCUUACUCGGACGUCCCGCAUGCAGACGAGCACCGCGAAGACGAAGACGAAGAAGAAGGAGGAAGAGGUAACAGCAACAGCCACGGCAGACAGAAUGCAGAUAAUGACGGUGAGAAUCACGACAAUGGUUAUAAUAAUGGUCAAGGGAACCACGGAACAGGAACAGUAGCAGGAGCAGGAGCAAGGCCAGAAUACUCGGACUCAAGUCCUUGGAGAGAAGAAUAA